AUGGGUUUACCAACAAAUCUGUACUUAGUCACCAAGUGCAACUGCCACAUCAAUCUCGAAAAAUGCGGUACGAUUUCGGCUGUGAAAUAUCUGUACAAGUGCAUCUACAAAGGUCCUGACCGUGCACGAAUCGUUCUUGAGACUGAAACUGGAGAUGUUGUCGAUAAAAUCAAGCAACAUUUGAACACGCGAUAUGUGUGUCCACCGCAAGCUGUACACAGAGUGUUCGGCUUCCUCAUGCAGGAUAAGUCUCACACUGUGUGCAGGUUAGAUGUUCAUCUGCCAGAACACCAGACAGUUCGUUUCGUUGCUGGAGAAGAACAGCAAUUUCUAAACCGCGCACUACGCUUACAGCAUACUUUGAGCUAA